UGAUGGGAGUUGAUGCCUCGUCAUGGACUGCUGAGGUGCCCAGCUCAGUAUCCGGCCUGCAGGGCUCAUGCAUUGUGAUUCAAUGCUCAUACAACUAUCCAGAACCAGAGAAGAAGCCCUCUGAAUUCACUGGCAUCUGGUUCAAAGACAACGGUUAUGAUGUUAUAUACCACCCAGACAGUUCCAAAGUUAUCGAAGACUACAAGGGUCGUACAGAGCUGGUGGGAGACCUCCAGCAGAAGAACUGCUCACUCAGAAUCGACCCGCUCCAUCGCAGUGACAAAGGCCCCUUUUAUUUCAGGGUUGAAAUCAAAGACCAUGACAAGUAUUCCUACAUACCUGACACAGUCUCCAUUGCAGUGAGCAGUAAAUUCCCAGGGGAAGAAUUGACAAGGAGAAUUUCAAAUGUUGUAUUAUAGUUUCCCAUUAUUUAUCCUAAUGAUAGCUAUAGCUUCUUGUAUAUCUAAAUUAUAGUGCUGAAAGGACAGACCCAAUAACUAGUGGAAGCACACCUAAAAAUAACUGCAAUAAGUAUUAUUUUCUCUUUGUUGAUUUAAUGCUCUCCAGACACCCCCCCCUGUCAGUGAGGGAGGAGGUGAAAGUGGGGGAGGAGGUAUCUGCCUCCUGCUCUGUGUCUCACUCCUACCGAUCUGAUUCCCCUCUCCUCACCUGGAGCCACUCCGGAACACCCAGUGUCCAAUCACAGCAGCUGACCAACGGCCAGUGGGAAGUGACAUCAUCCCUGACCUUUACCCCCAGCAGCACUGAUAACAACCAGUCUCUGGUCUGCACAGCAGCGUACAGGGGAGGGAAGACAGUGAAAAGGUUCGAAAACUCUCAAUGUCAAAUGUAAGUGGACCACACCUGUGUGUUAACAACACUGUUUGGUAGAUUUACACAUUAACUGCUGUGAAAACAGAAUACUUCUGUGCAUAUGACAAAAGUGAAACUAGAUUUAAACUUAUUUGAAAAGGAAACAUUAAUUUUGUCCACAGCCUCCAUUUUGAAAUCUAAAUAGAUUUAAAGGAUGUGGUUGAUCUACUGAAUUGGUCCUAAGAUGUUUAUUACAUAGUAAUAGCAUUCUUACUAAUGAUGUUAUUCAUAGAUGCCCCAGUGGAUGUGAAGGUUGAGGGAGUGUCCAGUGUGAAGGAGGGAGACUCUGUAGAGCUGAGAGACCUACCAUCACACUGGAGAAUGUGACCAGACUCACUGAAGCCCUCUUCUGCACUGCCAUCAGCACAGAGGGACAAGGCCAAUCCAUCCCACUGAAACUCAAUGUAGAGUGUAAGUAGAUGCCGCCAUUCUGUCAAUAAGAAACAUGCCCUUUCUGUGUAUAUAAUAUGAAGACAAUAUUCUUCAGUUCAUUCUCAUCCCAGACCUCCCUGAGAUCAAAUUGGGCUCCGCCUGCACUUCAGACAUCUCCAUGGUAACCUGUCUGUGCAUUGUGGAUUCGGAGCCCCCGGCACCGUGGAGUGGUCUCUUCCAGCAGGACCCCUGCCCAUCCUGCCCAGUACCAGAGUGGAGAGGCAUGGGUCAGUUAACAUGGUGACCCUACAGAGGGCACUAGGCUUCUCAGAGACCAUCCACUGCCAUGCCAUUAACACACAGGGCAAUGCCACCUUGUCCUUCACUGUGUCCACAAAUGGUAAGGGAAACAGUGGGGGAAGGGUAUCAUAAAUGAAGUAUUACAGACUAUAUUAACAUCAUAAAGGUUAUUAUUUGUACAUUAAUAAAUACUAUUUAUUUGUUUUUUGACAGAUAAGAUGUUGAUGCUGUACAUUUCAAUUGGUAUUGCUGCAUUGGUGGUGGUAGUAAUACUGAUUAUCAUGUCAGCUUGCCUGUUGACCAAGAAGGGGUAAGUUACUAUUUUAUUUAUUUUUUUGGAGGGAGCUACGUAGAUUUGUGUUUCUUUUUAGCUGUUUUGUUCUGUUUGAAUAACUUAGCAUUAUUUUUCUCAUCAGUGGGAGGAGUCAUAGUGACCAGCCAGUAACCAUAAAGCAGGACAUGGAUGCAUCCAAGUGUGCUUCCACAGAUCCCUUAACGUACAGGCUGUUCUAUCUGUGAUCAAAAUGUAUACAUCCUGAUGAGUUGCUAAAGACCAUUAGCUUACAUUCACUCUUAUUGUGUCUGAUCGUAUGAAGAGAAUGCAUCUGAGAGUGGCCCUAACUCUAUCCACAGGAAAGUGCAGAAAGACACCAGCAGUGAAAUCCACACAAACUACUACACCAACAAUCACCUAUAUGGCAACAUG